GCUGGCAGGCAACGCGUAUACUCAAUAGUUGGAAUUGGAAUAAAUUGGAAGAAGGUCCUUAAAUUUCUCAUGAAGUUGGGUUUUGUAAAAAACAUAUACUAAACCUCACUCACACCUCCAAAAUCCAUACAAAUAUAAAUCCUCAGCCACCAACAAACUUCAUCUUCCUUGCAUUUCAAAGGUAACAUACAUUCCAUAAAAGAAAUGCAAAGUUGAAGAAAUUAAUUACCCCAUUUGGUUUAUUAACACGAUGAUGAAGAAAUCACAAACACUCCUCAUAGUUACACUGCUUCUAACCAUAAACACACUCUCCCUCUCAGCCCAAACCAUAGACAACCCAUCUCUUGUCUUUGAAAACAACCGCAUCCAAAAUGCUUACAUAGCAUUACAAGCUUUGAAACAAGCCAUUCUCUCUGAUCCACUGAACUUCACAACCAACUGGGUUGGAUCCAAUGUAUGCAGCUACACCGGCAUUUACUGUGCUCAAGCACUAGACAACCCAAACAUACGCACCGUCGCCGGUAUUGAUCUCAACCAUGCCGACAUUGCCGGUUAUUUACCGGAUGAACUCGGUCUUCUAACAGAUCUCGCACUUUUCCACAUUAACUCCAACAGAUUCUGUGGCACUGUACCACACACUUUUCAAAAAUUGAAACUUCUCUUCGAAUUAGAUCUCAGUAACAACAGAUUCGCAGGGAAGUUUCCAAAAGUUGUUUUAAGCUUACCAGUUCUUAAAUUCUUGGACAUCAGGUUCAAUGAAUUUGAAGGAACGGUCCCAAAAGAGUUGUUUGACAAAGACUUAGAUGCUAUUUUCAUAAACGACAACCGUUUUGCUUUUGAUCUUCCAGAAAAUCUUGGUAAUUCACCUGUUUCAGUUGUCGUUUUUGCAAACAACAAAUUCAAAGGAUGCAUACCUUCCAGUAUAGGAAACAUGUCCAACUUAAACGAAAUCAAUUUCUUGAACAAUUUGUUUAAGUCAUGUUUACCUUCCGAGAUUGGGUUGUUGAAGAAUCUCACGGUUUUCGAUGUGGGUUUUAAUCAGUUGGUGGGUCCUUUACCGGCUGCUAUUGGCGGUGCGGUGAGUUUGGAGGAGCUUAAUGUGGCGCAUAAUAUGUUCUCUGGUAAAAUUCCGUCAAGUAUUUGUAUGUUGCCUAAUCUUAAGAACUUUACGUUUUCGGAUAAUUUCUUUACUGGUGAGCCUCCGGCGUGCUUUGGCUUGCCGGCGUCUGAUGAUAGGAGAAAUUGUUUGCCGGCGAGGCCGUUCCAGAAGACUCUGGUGGAAUGUGCGUCAUUUUUGUCCAAGCCGGUGGAUUGUAAGUCGUUUGGGUGUAAAGCUUUUAAUCCUUCUUUGCCUUUGCCAUCGCCGCCGGGAGUUUCACCUUCCUCUCCUCCAUCGCCGGGAGGUUCACCAACCUCUCCAUCACCGCCGGGGACGACGCCUAUUACUCCAUCGCCGCCAGCAGUGUCACCUAGCACUCCGUCACCGCCAGGGACGACACCUAUCUCUCCAACACCGCCGGGAACAACACCUACAUCUCCAGAACCACCGGCAUUGCCACCUAGCACUCCUUCACCUCCGGGAACGACACCUAUCUCUCCAUCACCACCGGGAACGACACCUUCCAUUCCACCACCAACACACUCUUCUCCGCCGGGAACACCCAACUCUCCAUCACCACCGGGAAUGACACCUUCCUCUCCACCACCAACGCACUCUUCUCCACCGGGAUAUACACCAUCUCCAAUAACUCCUGUGGUGUCGCCACCAUCUCCUGCUCCUCAUUAUGGAUCAUCCCCACCCCCUCAUUCCCCUUUUUUUUCACCACCACCGGGAACGUCCCCUUCCUCUCCACCAACGCCGGGAACGGUGCCUUCCUUUCCACCACCAACACACUCUUCUCCGCCUGCGCAUCCAACACCUCCAUCUACAACUCCAACACCUCCUGUUGUAUCGCCACCCUCACAUACUCCAAUGCCACCGUCUCAUUCACUAUAUCCACCCCCACCGACAGGUCCUCAUUAUGGCCGCCAAUCACCGCCACCACCAUCUGAAUCUCCACCUUCUAUAGGACCUCCUCCGUCACUGUCACCACCACCUUGUGAAGAGCAUCCAUCCCCACCCGGACCACCAUCUUCUUCCACACCAACACCACCAGUACAUGUAUCUCCACAUCCACCGGUUCAACAUACUCCUCCAUCACCAUCACAUCCUUCCCCUAUUCAAUAUAAUUCCCCCCCACCACCACCACCCCUUGUUCAUUACAUUUACAAUUCACCGCCGCCACCAACAUUACCGCCUCCUCCACCACCUUCCCCUGCAUAUGGAGGGCCAUUGCCACCUAUCGUUGGACUCCCAUACGCUUCGCCUCCACCACCUCCUUUCUAUUAAUUCUUUUUAUAUCUUAUCACCUAUUACCCUUUCCCUCAACAACAAAUGACACAAGUCACUUGGUCACAUUUUUGUUAUUGUGGCUGAGAACGAGAAAGCUCUAAGUAUUGAUUUUAAAUUGUAAUCAACAUUCUGGUUGUAGAAAAGAAAAUGUAUGUAUGGGAAUGAAUUGGAAACCACAAUUCAUGGCCACGGAAACUUUUGCUUUCCAAUUUAGUAUGUAUUAUAGUUAAUCAACAUUUCACUUCUGUUUAUCAUCUUAUGCAAUCAGAUUUGGGAUAACUCCCUUUCUCUUAAUUCU